GGGACGGAAUUGAAGGCGGUAGCCAAUUUUCACUUCAGUUUCUAUCGGCCUACGUGCUGAAGAUGAAAAGAACUCAUCUGGCUAUGGAUUCACAAGGUGCAUUGGGCCAGGCUCAGGGAUGGACCUUUGAAUCAUGCUUUAAUCAGCUCAUAGGUUGUGCCAAACUUUUCGAUAAUAAAGGGUCGAAUGACCCUGGAGACGACACCCAGGAUCAUGGGGACGACACCUACUUUCAAAUCUUGGAUGAGUGCAGAAGGAUCUGUGAAACUCCAAGUCUGAGCCAGGACCAAAAUCUAAUCAAUCGCUGCUUCAAAGAGUACGUGGGAAAGAAUGUGCUGCAGAGCUGGGGAUCAAAUUACUUUUUACCAUGGGAUUUCUUAUCGGUGUCAGCAAAGCAUGGCUUGGGGAAAUACAUCCGCAUGACACUUGUGAGGACCGGCAUCGACCCUAAUAAUAGAGUUAAGAUUAUGCACGAGCUUAUCGUAUCUGACGAUACGGGAGAUUUCGCCGUGGCGGGGCAAAUUAUUGGUCACCUCCUCUCUCACGCCCUCAGUCUGCCUGGAAUAUUCGGCAAAUCGAUCUUCGCCAUGUCGGCAUGGGAGACUUUCCUGCACUGUGCAGUUCGUCUAAAGAAGGCUGGGCACCAGAUUGACGAUAUCGCAAUCCUCUUGGAAACGAUGCCUCGUUUUAAACGCCAGGUUCACGAGCGAGACCAAGUACUCUUCCUCACUUAUGAUCCCAAACAGCUGCGUCCCUGCCUUGCUCCUUUUUGGCAAGGGAGCACAGGGGAGGUCCUGUCUGGAUUAUUGGAACUGCCCGAAUCCGUCAUUGUCCCGCUAAUUGGUAUCCGGAGAGUUGAUGGAAGUAGCACUUACUUCCCAGAAAUUCCGGAGCCAGGGUUAUGGAAAGUCGAGGCGAGAAUCGAAGACGGCGAUUUCUUCGGGGGCUUGGAUUAGGAAUGGUCUCUAAAGAAGGUGUGAUUAAGCUCUGAUUGCAAACCAGACCAGCUUUAUUUUGAUUUACAAAAGGAUCGGCGGAAAGGGAUCAAACGGUGGAUGGUAGCCGACCAUACCUUUUUUACAAGCUAGUCCAGAAGGGUUUCCUGCGCCUGGCUGCAUGAGUUCGCACUUCUGCAUCUCAUUUCGCCAUGACUUCCCCAA